CUAGCCAACAAGAUUAAUUUCUUGAUACUCUGAUAAGCGAUGGUUUUACAGAUGAUCAGAUCAACAUUUUACUUGUGGUUUGAAUUCUCUGCCUCUCUCUCUCUCGCCACACUUGUGCACACACAGAUAUGAUUGAACUAUUCAAUACUAAAUUACUUGUGGAAGAGGAGCUACUCGUUGCUGGUACAGACUCUAGUAGUGUAACGGUUGAGUGGACAAUGGUAGAGUUGAUAGGAAGUCCAGAAUCCUUGAAGAAAAUCCGUGGAGAACUCACCACAGAGAUCAACCAAAACAUGCUGAAAGAUUCCGAUCUACGGAAGCUACCAUACCUUCAAGCUUGCCUCAAGGAAACCCUGAGGCUGCACCCGCCUGGACCUUUUCUCCUUCCUCACCGCGCUGUCGAAUCAUGCAAAGUAAUGAACUAUACCAUUCCAAAAGAUGCUCAAGUACUAGUAAACGCCUGGGCCAUUGGAAGAGACCCCAUGAGUUGGGAAGACCCUUUAGUAUUCAAACCAGAGCGUUUCUUGAACUCAACUGUGGAUUUUCAAGGGAAUAAUUUUGAAUUUAUACCCUUUAGUUCAGGAAGGAGAAUCUGCCCUGGACUUCCCAUGGCGGUAAAACUGAUUCCCUUGGUUCUGGCUUCCUGGAUUCAUUUCUUCGAUUGGUCUCUUCCGAAUGGGGGUGAUCCUAAAGAUAUAGACAUAAGUGAAAAGUGUAGUGCCAAUAUACGGAAGGAACAGCCUCUACUUCUCAUUCCUAAAGGCAGAAAAUGACCAAGAGACGUUUCUUCCAACUUCUUGUACUGCGUGUGGCUAUGUAACUUGUGAUCUGUUGCAAAGAUGUAAUCUUUUGUAUCACAUUUCAGUCUAUUAUGGUUUGUAGCUACAUGGCCUUCGCUUACUCAUGUUUGCAGCG